ACAUCGUAUUUAUGGUCUGUUCGUUUCGUGCAAGACGGUGGUUUUUAUGAACUUUGGCUGGAACAUCGACUACAGAUAAAACCCAGCAUAGAUGACAAGCUUGAAAACCUGCUCACCUUUGUCAUUUUCUUCUGGGACAUGAAAGCAAGUAUU